AUGCUUAACUUGACAGGAGAUCCUGCAGUAAUGCAAUACUGUUUCCCUCAACUGAAAGGAUCCUGCCCACGAAGUCAAACAAUGGUCCUCAUCAAAGUUGCCAUAUAUAUAUUCCUGGCUUUCAUCAUUCUGAUGACUGUUUGUGGAAACCUACUGGUCAUCAUCUCCAUCUCUCAUUUCAGACAACUCCAUUCUCCAACAAACCUCCUCAUCCUCUCUUUAGCAUUCACUGACUGGUUCUUGGGGGUUUCGGUUAUGCCAUAUAGCAUGAUUAGAUCUGUGGAAAACUGUUGGUAUUUUGGAGAAUUAUUUUGUAAGAUACACUCCAGUUUUGACAUUGUGAUGUCCACUGCAUCUGUCUUGCACCUGGGUCUCAUUUCUGUUGACAGAUAUUUGGCCAUCUGUAAGCCUCUUCAGUAUAGGACCUCAGUAACCAUACACAAAGUAGCAGUCCUUAUUGGAAUCACCUGGUUGCUUUCCAUUGCAUUUGGGUUUGGGGUGGUUUUCUCGAAAGUUAAUGUAGUUGGUGUGGAGGAGUUGUUCAUAAACCCUUGCACAGGCACCUGUAUUGUAUUUUUUAAUAAGCAAGAAGGGCUACUUGGUGCUUUUCUUGGUUUCUUCAUUCCAUACACAGUGAUGAUGGCCCUCUAUAUAAAGAUUUUCUAUAUUGCAAAAGUACAAGCCAAAAUGAUCAACUGCAGCUUGCAAAUGACUGGUGCCAAACGAGAUAAAAAAAACAGCACAUCUGAACAAAGAGAGAAAAAAGCUGCAAAGACACUUGGCAUUGUACUGGGGGUCUUUCUGUUGUGCUGGCUUCCAUUUGACAUGGUGCUUAUUGUGGAUCCAUUUUUCAAUACUUCCCCUGUCAUAUUUGAUGCUCUUGUUUGGUUGGCAUACUUUAAUUCUUCCUGUAACCCUCUAAUUUAUGGAUACUUCUAUCCCUGGUUCAGGAGGGUGUUUAAAAUUAUAAUAACAGGAAACAUUUUAAAGAAUGGCUCUUCUUUGCUCAACAUUUAUGCAGAGAACAAAUGA